GAGGGCUGUGGGCGCCUUUUUCUUUUGCUGUGGGAAUAACACCUGCGGCACGGAGCUGAAGUGUGCCAGUGGGCCUCGGGUUGAAAUCGCCUGAAAUUGCCUUAUUUUUAAAUCUUUAUUAACCCUCUCUGCAACCCGGCUACACCAGUGCUUGUGGGCCAGGCCCUUAAAGCAAAACCCCACAGCCUGUUGUCGUUACUGGCUCUGACAGUGACCGAAGUGAAACAAUAUGUUAAUAUCACAGCUGACUUCCCCGUUACUGAAGGCUUCACGAAUUGCAGGCCGCCUUUUGCCAAGGUCAGUGUCUUCCUUUCUUUGCCAUCAUUCUACAUCUGCACGCUAUAGCACGCAGCCACCUAACAAGAGUGGAGCCCAGCCUCAGCGGUGGUAUGCUCUGGACCCUGAACUGGAAGAGAUGCUGAUCCCCAGAAAACUUUCCAUCAGCCCCUUAGAAAGCUGGCUGACAGUUAGAUACUCCCUCCCUAAAGCAGAAGUCGUUAAUGCUGAGGAAGAAGUGGGCUAUGAACCCCUCCAGCAGUAUGACUGUCCCCCAUCUGAUGAAGGAGCUGAUGUGGAGGAAGGAGAUGGAACACUUAGCAACAAGAUUCAGUGUAAGAACGUUCUGAAGAUUCGCAGAAGGAAAAUGAAUCGGCACAAGUUCAAAAAGCUGCUGAAGCGGAGGAAGUUUAUACGGAGGACGAUAAAGGAAGGUCGCAAGAAGAAACGUCAGAUAAAAUUUGAGAAAGAUUUGGAGCGCAUCUGGAAAAGAGCUGGUUUGAAAAAUCCUCCUGCGGGAUGGCGAACACCCCCGAUAUUUCUGAAAAGCUCAAAGCGAUAAAAACACUUGUAAUGAGUUUUAACCUGUAAUUGUAAUUAAAAAAUAUUUAAGUACGCGGA